UUCCUUAAAACAUUUCAACAAGUGUCUGUGGAUUGACCAGUUGCUUCACACACUUGGUGGGAUCAUCAUAAAAAUAAAAAAAAGAAGAGGAAGAAGAAAAGAACCUCAACAAAAAUUUUCUCUCUCCGAGCUAUUCAAUCCCACACGCUUUUACUUCAACUUCUUCGUUAUUUUUUUUGGCUUUUUGCAAAAGUGUUAUAGGAAUAGAAAGAAAGAAAAAAAAGUUCGCAAGCAUUGUGCUACGGGUGGGAAAAAUACGUCAAAUGAUUUUUCAACCUUUUCGCGAGUGGAAUGUGAAAUCUAUUAAUAAUCACGAGAGAAAUUAAGAGGAUAGCCUCAACGGUCAAUUUUGGGUUGGUGCGGUGAAGAAUCCAAAAUUGAAUGAUGAUUAAUUUGAGCAUAAUUGUUGGAUUUGUGAUUCUGUGUUUGGCACAUUGUGAUGCAAUUGCCGUGCCAAAUCUACCACCGGCAUACAAUGUGGAUCACACCCUUGAUACGCAUGGAAAAGUUCCCGUAAUUAAUCUCCAGAAUCAAGACAAUCAUCUCACUCGGAGAGAGAUAAAUGAGUAUGAUGAUAAUCAAAAUCUCCUCGAUGAAUUCGACUUGAGACGUGAGGAGGAGACAGCUCUGAAAUAUGCAUAUCUAAUUCAACUGCUGCAGGAACCAACGCGGGAUCCCCUGCCGGUGAUUUAUGUGGAAAGUGAGCAAGUGGCUGACGACGACUACCACGAUGAUGUCAUGGAUAAGAGAUCGGGUAGAUAUUACCGGCGCUACCCGUGGAAGAGACAAAACACCCGUUACCGAACCUAUGAUGCCGAUUCCAAGUAUAUGUGCGUACCAAGUCGCGAGGAUGUCUUUCGUUUACUUCUGGGACUCCAUGCGGUCUCCGUAUCCGGAGAUGAGCAGAAAACUGUGACAUUUUGCAGUCGAAAGCGACCGGCAAAGGCUGUUUUUACAAACAUCCGAUUUCUUGGUUGAAUUUCCUCUUCUAUACGUGGCCACCUAGACACCUUCUCCACAUAGGCGCGCAUUUCAAUUUAUAUAUAAAAUAACACAGAAGAGAAAAUAACAAAAAAAAACUUGUAGACUUAUUUACAGAAGAAGAUAGGAAGGAAAAAAAAGUGAAAUUUAUGUAAAGUUAAAACAUAUCUUUAUAAAUAUUGGGACUCUCCUCUUCCUCUGAUAGUCAUGAUGGUUAUAUAAAUAUACAAUUUUCUCGAGAAGAACGUAAUAUGUGUCACAUUGAAAUAUCACAAAAUUAAAAUUUUAAAUAUUAAAAAAAAACAUUUUGGAGUUGUCAAAUAAAAAUUAAUAAAACAUACCAAUUAGAAAACUUUUGAAAAAAAAUCUUAUUUUGUCUAAAAUCUAUCACUAACCCAUAACACGAGAGAAUAAGACAAAAUUAAAGAUAAUUUAUAUGUGGCAAUUUGUUUUAACGAUAAUCUAUAUACAUUUUAAAAUACAAUCAUAACGAUAUACAUAUUAUACAUAUUUAAAAUGAAAUAUUAACAAGUAUUACUGAUUGUGAAUGAACCAAGUCGGUGUUAUAUUAUGAGAUAUGCAAUAAAAAAGAGACAAAAUU